AUGGAAGAGUUUGAUAAAGAUAGAUCCAAGGAGAGCAAAGAUAGAUCCAAGGAGGAAGAAGAAUUGCCUGGGGCGAAAGUGCACAAGAUCUUGAAAGGCAGGAGAUAUCUCCUUGUAAUGGAUGAUAUUUGGAGCACAGAUGCUUGGGAUGAUGUAAGACUUAUACUUCCCGACGAUGGUAAUGGAAGCCGAAUCAUAUUAACGACAAGAGAAACUGAUAUGGCUGCUUAUGCCUGUCGUUUGAGCUGUCCCCACAAGAUGCGUUUCAUGGAUGAGGCUCAGAGUUGGAAUCUACUUCAGCAGAAGGUGUUUGCACAUCUAGAUUGCCCUCCGGAGUUGGAGAACAUUGGAAAGGAGAUCGUGAGAAGCUGCAAAGGGCUGCCACUCGCAAUCGUGGUGGUUGCAGGGCUCCUAUCCACGGUCAGCUGUUAG